UGCCAACGGACAAUUUAAUCAUGGAUAAAGGACUGAACCAUGAAAAGAUGCGCCAGAAGAAGACAGAGCAAGAGAAGCAACAGUGGGAGUCAGUGGAGUCAGACACGGAGAGUUUAGCACAGGAGAGAGCGUACCAACAGCAGCUCCAGAUGAACAUCAGUCACCAUGAUGAAAACAAAUACAUGGUGCUUCAACAGGAGAAUGAUGACAGCUUACUGUCUGGAGGCACAAAUGAUGGUGACAUUGAAUAUCUCCAUGUACACGAUAGUUUAGAAGAAGCAACACAUAGCCGUGCCAAAAGGAGUCCUUCCCUGUUACAGAGAACAGACAUGGAAGAAAGAGAAGGAACAAGCCAGCUGCUGUGUGAGGAUGUCUAUUCUGACCUGCGCUAUGACCCCAACUGGAGGAGCAACCUGAAGGCAGCGGACCUCUUCCAAGAGAGUCCACGGACGUCUGUGGAGGAAUUUGACAGAGUCCCUGAGGAGACAUCUAGUCAGAUGUUUGCUGACAGACAGGGAGUUGUAAUAAAAGGAGGAUACAGAUACAUCGCUGACACACAUCCAGCUGUUGUGGUGACUCCUCCAGCGGCUGCCAAGGAGUGCCACCAGCCGUACCGUCUGCACCCACAGGACCCUCAGACUGGCUCGGUGACUUCUCUCUAUAAAAAACAGGAUUCACAGCCUAGGUCACUGGAGACUCACUUUUCAAGUCCAAACAGGACUUCCACUAAAACUGACAGAGACACUUUGCAGAUAGGAUUCAGAGAUAAACGCGAAAACAUGAGAAGGUCUCCUGAGGUAGUUGAGAGUAAACAUGCUAUUUACAGCCAAGAAUUUAAGGCCUACAACCAGCAAGAAGUGAGAGCCAGACGAGCAGGCGACACUCAAACACAGACACUGCAAACCUUCAAAUCCAACAGUCCAAAAGUUUUAUCACAGAAAAAGCUGGAAAGACUCACAGAGGACAUAGUGGAACGCAAUAAAGUAACACUGGGGCGCAACAAACCUGGAAACAGCUCGUAUGUGACGGUGCAUGCACUGAAGCAGGAUAUGCCUCAUCAUGGGAAUAAGGUUAAUGAAAUUCUCCAGGAGAUGACCAGCACAGAAUGUGAAGAGGACAGUUCAGACCCCAAGCUGAGGUGGCUCCAGAAAACACAACAGCUGAGAGUCGCCAAGAGCAGCAAAGGAAAAAUAACCCUGCGAAUAGAAAACCCCAUCCCUCCUCCUCAGCAGAAGCAGCCCCCUGACCUUGGGGUCAGAGAAAAACAGGGACAUAGUCUGAGCUCCCCUUCAGCAAAACCAGUAAAUGUUGCUCAGCCAAAACAUCUGAAGAUGUCUCCAUCACAGACUCUGCCUCCAACCAUCCACCUCAACAUCAACCUUAACACUUCAUCCCAUCUCCUUCCAUCCCAGCAGAGGGGCCAGGAUGCAGUACUCAACCUAGCAUCCAUUCAGGGGUGUCCUGUUUGGAUCAAUGCAUCUGAGGAUGAACUUGCACUGCCCCCUCGAUAUCUACAAACAAAUCAAGCAAUGCUCUCACACAUGUCUCAGAAAGAUGCAAAUCCACAACUUACCAAACCAAACCUGGAGAGUGGCCCUGUACCAUGGCAAAGAUCUGCAUUAAAGUGGCCAUUAUCCUUUGAAAGUGUCAACGAGAAGAGAAGUCCUCAUGGGGUUCACAGUGAGGAAUUUCCACAAGCUCCCCCUGGGAAACCCACCACCACAUCAUCGCCAGGCUCAGGAGUUUACACUGUUCUACCUCCCAUAAGAAUCUCACUGACAGAAAGCGAAUCUGAGCUGAGCCCCAGUCAAAGUGUGAACCCAGCCGACCCCAUCCACAGGAGCAGCUCUGAUGGUUACCUGGUUCAGAUGGAGAAGCAGAAGCAGAGGGCCAGAGGCACUUACAAGGCUUACAGUCUUAAAGACUACAAGCAGCUGAGGUCAGAUAUAAAUCUUCAAGGCCUGGGUCCUGACUACAAAGCCAUUGAAAAGACUGCUGAGAAAUUGAAACGGCAGAGGCUGUAUUCAAAUGUGAUCCGCGAGCAGAACAAAAAGAUAAGUAGGAUUCCCUUUCUACCAGCCAAGGGCCCGGAAGGCAAGGACAAGAAAGUUCCCAGGAUGAAGGCUUUGGAAUAUGCCAAGACGAUAACCAAACCUCCUCACCCACAGCAGAGACAGAAACAGCAGCCUGAAGGCCUCACUCAGAGAGCUCAGUACCUGGAGGGCUUGGACGUGUUCCAGCCAGCUGCGUUGGACGUCCUUCGAAAAAGACAUGAAGAAGAAAAGCAGAUGGUGGCUCUCUUCAGAAAAGUUCAUGCCGUCUGAGACAAGUUGCUGAUCAUGUCAACACGUACCUGAAGGUGUAAAACACAAUGUGCUGACUCAACAAAGAAGAUGUUUGUUUCUCAAAAUGAUUUCAACAAGAUGUUAACCUCUGAGAAGAUGUUUGUGUUUUAUGUUACCAUGACUAGUAAAAAAAACAUUUGACACUAGGAUUACACUGCAGCCAUUACAGUUCAUUUAAUGUCUGCAUCUUUAGGCAAUGUACUGGACUACAGUUACAUCAAGUUAAAGGUUAAAACAGGUACACUACCAUUUUCAUCAAAUAUGGUAAAUAGUUUCUCCACCUAUGGAAAAUAAUUGUAUUUAUUGAAAUGUUUUACUUAAAUUAGCUUUCCUUUUAUGUCACCAUUACAUUAUGUCAGCGCAUACAGAGACAUUAUUUUACAUAGCAAGGAAUGCAGUUUAAAUCCACCUGUUUUA